GAGAAGAAGAAAAAUAACCCAAUAGAAUUUACCCUAAUUUCAUGAGUCUACUGUGUGUUUGCCAGCUAGCUGUAACUAUUCGAAACGAUUUGUUGACGUGUACUGUGAACCGUGAGCUGUGGACAAUGUCUACCCGGGCUCUGCGAAGGCUCAAGGGGAAACAGCGGGGUCAGGAGGCCUUGGACCUGGGGGAUUUAACUUUGGGUGACAGCCCGGAGGAGAAGGCUGGGGCUGUGGGUGAGGAGGACCAGGACCAGCCGGACACGGCUUCUGUUUCCCCUCCGUCUAAGAGGAAAGGCAACAACAAGAAGGCAAAGAAAAACAAGGCUCGUCAAAAUGUCAACAACAUGUAUGAACUGAUAUGUGAUGCAGAGGAGACAGAAAAGGCAUCACCUGAAGAAGAGGCAGAGAAACCAAAUGGAGCUAAAAUAAGUGGCACAGGUACACAUGAAAAUGGGGACAAUGCAAAAUCGGAUCAAGAGGAAGACCAAACAAAGUCUUCACCUGCAGACAGAGUUAAAAAGAAAAAGAAAAAGAAGAAGGCCAAAGUGACAUCACAGGGUGGACAGGAAGCUGUACCAAAUGAUAGCAUUGAUUUAUUGCUGGAGAACUUGGAGCAGCCCAAUAGCUUAGGUUUGCAGAAUGAGAAUUUUGGAGGAUAUGACAAAAGAGCAGUGCUACACGUGGAGCACAGGAAUCUCAACCCAGAGACUGAGUUAAAAAAAUAUUUUGGCGCAAGAGCAGUUCUCGGUGAUCAGAGACCUCGACAGAGAAACAGACAAUUUCACCGCAGCACGUGGAUGACCAGUCCUAAGGACAGCUGGCCUCGGUUCAGCCGCCCAGGAAUAGCAAUGACUCUAAUUCAGUCGAAGGACGGUAUUCAUUACUUCACCUUUGAGCACAACCGGGACUAUCAACAAGUACAGUUCAAGUUCUUGGAUGCUGUUGAGUCCAUGGAUCCAAACAACAUUGUGGCCUUGCUGCAGCUUAACCCAUACCACAUCGAUUCUCUGCUGCAGCUCUCUGAUGUCUGCCGAAUACAGGAGGAUCAGGAGAUGGCUCGGGACCUAAUUGAGAGGGCCUUGUAUAGCUUCGAGUGUGCUUUUCACCCAUUAUUCAGCCUGACGUCGGGUACCAGCAGACUUGAUUAUCUGAGGCCAGAAAACAGGGCUUUUUAUCUGUCUUUGUAUAAGCACAUGAUGUUCCUGGAGAAGAGAGGAUGCCCACGAACAGCUUUGGAGUACUGCAAACUGAUCUUGAGUUUGGAUCCAGAGUCUGACCCACUUUGCAUGCUCCUGCUGAUUGAUUUCUUGAUGCUGCGCUCCAGAGAGUACCAGCCUCUUCUUCAGUUAUAUCAGGACUGGGAGGAUCACAGAAAUCUGUCCCAGCUGCCAAACUUUUCUUUCUCCAUCGCGCUUUGCUAUUUCCAUCUUAGUCAGCAGGAAGAUGUGGACCCUGAGGAAAGUGAAAAAGACAGACAGAAAGCUGAUGAGCUCCUACAAAAUGCACUCAUCAUGUUUCCUGGAGCCUUGAUGCCUUUACUGGAUCUGUGCACUGUGCAGCCAGAUUCCACCGUCACCUCUCAUGUCUUCUUUGGCCCAAAGAGUCAAAUAGGGCAGCCCCUAGCCCUGGCCGAACUGAUAGCUCUGUAUGUGGGGAGGACUUACAAUCUGUGGAGGGAGGCAGCGGUAAUGCUUUGGUUGGAGGAGACUGUGAAGGAAGUGCUUCGUCGGGUUGAUGCCAAAGAUCCUUUAGUUGAGGACUCCCAAAACAAGAGAAAGCAGAGAUACCAGAGUGCACCAAGAAACAUCCACCGCCACGUUUUGCUGUCUGAGAUUAAGGAGGCCACCGCCAGCCUGCCUCUAGAGGUGACCACUCAGCCUGUGAUGAGCUUUGAUCCUUUACCUCCGCUGGACUCAGUGAUGUCCUAUACACGACCAGAGAGGCAGCGUGUUGGUGCAUCCAACGAAAGUACGCUGUCCCUGUUUUUCCGCUCCUUGCUUCCAAACUUCAACCUUCAGGGCGGUCCAAGGCAGGAGGAUGAUGUGGAAGUGGCCCGAGCCGGUCAGGAGCUGAACCAGGAAGUGAAUCGACUAAUGUUGGCCAUGAGGGACAUGCUGGCAAACAUCAGGUUCCAGGAGCCACCGAGGGAGGACAACCCUUACAGAGAUGAAGAGGAAUGGGACUGAUGAGCAGGAAUCAAGUACACAAAGAAACAAAACAUUUCAGAAAACUGAAGUGGGCGUAAUUAAUGGGUUGAUGAUGAUGAUGCCUGACCUUCUCAGAGCUUCGGUUGUCAAAAUGGUGGAAGACUUUAUGAAAUUAAAAUUUUUACUGUUGA